AUGCUCCUGUACCUACCACCCGAAACAUUGCUGGAUAUCCUGUCCUACCUCGACCUGCCCGAUUUGACAUGCCUGGCGCAGGCCUACCGUGAGCUCGCGCAGCUGGCUGAAGACCCAUUGCUCCACCGCAAGAGACUGCUCGUCGUCGCGCCGUCUCGCGUUUCGCACUCCCUGUUCGGACAGAGUACUGCGGGAGUUCCACUGCGCCCCACCGUAUCCGACCUGGUGCAUCGAGGCAUCCUCCGCGGGAUGGGCAUCGAGCGGCGAUGGAGAGCAGGGCUGUAUUUUAGCUCCCCGCACAUGGUCAAACAGUACGAAUGCUCGCUGCGCCUCCAGUGGACGCACGCGCGCGACGUCCUCGCCCACUCGCUCCGCGCCCGCUCCCCCGCAGCACGCGAAACCUUCUACCACACCCGCGUCCUCCCCCGCGAAACCUCCGCCGCCCCCGUGUCCGCACGCCUCGUCUCGACCGUGCGCAGGUUGCGCUGGGCGCUGCAGCGCGACCGCCUCGCGCGCUUCGUGAAGGACCGCAGCGAGAUGGUCGAGAAGGGCGGCGCGGUGGCGUGGCUGGAGAGCACGGGCCGCGCUGCGCUGUGGCGCGAGAACGAGCGCGUGCGGCUGGCGGUGUGUCCGGGCAUCAAGGGGAUCGUGAAGGUCUACGAGCAGCUGGCGAUUUGAGCGCGGUGCGUAGCUGGUGCGUCGUACGAAUUUUUGGGCUCCGGUUUUUGUCCUCGCGGGCUCAACCUCUCCCGAAUUGUAUACCAGCUGGCGGAAUGGACCCUGCCAGCGUGUAGAUAUGUUCUUACCUUGUUGUACAUGUGUAUUUUGCCUGUCUUUGUAUAUUCUG